AUGUCCGUUUACAGCAAUUCCGAUUCAGCUGAAGUUGUAUUAAUAGUGGUCCAUUCUGUACUCGUCAUCGUAAAUAUUGCUGGAAACUCUCUGGUCUGUGUCAUCAUUCUGAGGAAUCGAGAUAUGAGGUAUGCGGACAAAAAAAACAGGUGCUUGAUUUUAGAGAGAAAAUGUGACGGCUUUUCGUUGGGACAAACGAAAUUGACGGUAUAUACGGGUGUCCGUAUUAAGCGGGUGACCUACUGUACCCUAUUCUUCAUGUACUUUCUGAGCAGCUAUAACAUAUUGUCAAUGCUUUAUCCUACAGGACUUCACUCAACUAUCUUAUUCUUAAUCUGGCUGUUGCUGAUAUCACAACAGCCCUAUUUUUAUCACCAAAGUACAUAUUUUCCCACUUCAUCGCACACCCAGAAGGAGCAGCAGGCACCGCGCUCUGCAUUGCGCUGACUGGUGGAAUCAUUGGAUGGGUCGGCGCUGCCACUGGAGUAUUUUGUUUGGUUACUAUAGCUGUUGAACGUUACUACGCCGUGGUUUAUCCAUUUGAAAACAUGGAGGCGCUUAGUAAACGUAAACUUAAGGUGCGAUUAUUUCAAUUUAUCGUAAAUUGUAAUAGUACUACGUGUAUUCGUAUUUCGAUUACCUUAUAUCAAAAGCCAAAAGUUAAUUCUAGAAAUCAUCGCGCCUUGCAGACUAUUCAGUUUUAUGAAGCGUUUCGUAUGACACUGAAAAAUGGUUUCCUUAAGUGUUCGUUAUUUAUUUUAUCAGUCAAUAGAUGAUGGCAAGAUGAUGACCCUUUAAAUGGAGAAAAGUAUCUUUCGCGUGUUCGAUUAGCAACUCAGUAUCUGUUCCGCAUGUCUUGGAAAAUAAAUUUUCAGCAAUCUUUUUUUUUUAAGAGAGAUUAUUUUUGUCUGUUUGAUAGACUAAUCAAAUUUUUAUGUUCUUUUUUGUUUGUUGUUUUGUUUUGUUUGUUUUUUCCAUGCGUAUAUAACCGUUUCAAGGUCAAUCGACACUCUCUCUUGACUAUCAGGCAAGCAGAUAACUGGAUGAUCUAAGGGCUUCGCGCAAACUGCAUGAUUCGUCUGCAAGGCAAUGCCAGAUUCUCGGGUGGCGAGUUAGAUCUUUACACUCAGCCAAAGAACAUGGCCAGUCAGAUUGUUAGCUUGACUAACUAAGAAAUAAAUAAAUUCUUCUUAAGACUAUACUGAUACAAAUAAUGAUAAUGAUGAUGAUGAUGAUGAUGAUGAUGACGAUAAUAAUACGUCAUCAUUAGACAGUUACUUGAGUCGGACUUAGAAUCAUUUCGGUCCUUUUUUUUACUUUUUUUAAAAAAAUGACGGCAGUUUCAAGGAAUUUUUGCUUUCAACAAGCGACAGUUUGGAUGCUCUUCGUGAACUUAAUCAUAAUUGGUCAAGAAUUGAUAUCCAGUCUAGUCGCAGAUAUACAUGUAAAGCUAAACCAUUGGCUGAUAAGUAAAAGUAGCUAAAAGUAGCUUGCCGGCUGCUGAUAUGCUGAUUUGUGUGUGCUUCAUAAAAUAACCUUACCAUAAUUACUCCCUUGUUUUGCUUGAUAUUAAAACAGGUGAUAAUUAUUAGUACGUGGAUUCUAGGGAUUAUCUUGAAUAUUCCAUCGUUCAUGUACAGAAGAUAUAACGAAUAUUGGAAUUACUGCAUCAACACGUGGCCAAGAGAGUGGGUCGGCAAGGCCUACAGCCUUUAUUGGUUUUGUCUGGCAGUCCUCUCUACUUCUCUUAUGGCCAUAUUGUACUUCCGUGUGGUGUACACUUUGUGGUUCAAACAUGAGGACAGGAGAGAAAACAAUACGCAACAGAAGGUAAAAUGAUUUAAAAACAUUAUUGGGUAUGGAAUAGUAACCCAUAUGGGAACACCACAUAGUUGUCUUAUAUAUUAUACAGAUGAUGUUUAUCACUUAGUACAGGCUAUUAUGCAUAUUUCAAUGUACAUGACAUAAUUUAUAUAGGCAAGAGAUAGGUAGACUGUGUGAUAUGCUGACUCAGAGUAAUGCAAAUUCCUGAAAGUGCUUUAGCUCUACCUUCAGUUAAAGUAAUAGCAUUUCCAACGGUAUCUGCGUUUUGUUAUUUUAAAAAUAUAUAUGUUGAUGCUGUCUUAGUGUUAAACUGAACCAAGAAACUGCACUGAAAGAGCGCACGCUUGCAUGAGUUUCGAAUGAGUUCCCAAGGUACUUAAAUUUAAUCUUUAAACGGGAAUUUUUUCUGGGAACAAAAGCAUCAAGAUUUCUGCAGAUUGAUCAUGCUAACAACGUCGAAUACCCAGUAUAAUACACAAAGGAUAAAGACAGUGGCAGCAGUACAAACAUUUAAGAAACAGUAUAGCUUCGAAGCAUGCAUUGCAGCAGUGGCGGAUCCAUGGGAGGGACCCGGGGGGGGGGGGAAAUUUUGAAAUUUUGUAGAUCUCGUAGCUUAGUGCUCUAAUUCAUAAAACCUCUGACGGUAAGGUUUGGAAUACUGGGUAAAAAAUAAAGGGUCGGUUAUUCAAACGAUCAAGUCUAACUUAGGCCGAUGUUUAAGAAAUCAUUGGUCCAGAUCUCUUUCUUAGUGGGUUAAUGUAAGAAAAUAUUAAGUGCUUUUCCAGUGUGCGCUAUAUGCUUUUUUGAAAUUGUUUACGAUAAAUGAUGUAUAGAUAAAUGCGGUGGGAAAACUGAAAAUGGCUUAGAACGCGGUUUUGUUAAGCACGAGCUAAACUCCGUUUAAAUGACUGGCCCAAAGACACUUGAUUACAGUUAGUUGAAUCUACCUACUCCAGGAUGCAGAGUACUACCAGUGAAACUAAUUAAAUACAUGUAGACUCUUGCUGAGAGUUUUAUAAAAACAAUAGGCGAUAUGACAGACCUAGAAACGUUCAUUGGAUGUAAGUCAAUGUCACAUGAACAACAGCCAUUUCUCUUCAUGUAUAGGUUAGCAUACUACCUUACUUAAAAGUUGAAUAACUCUAUCGCUAGAGGCAGAAUGUAUAUAAAAGAGGCUGUUAGACAGUGGUGAGAAGAUAUGGAUUUUCUAUAUGUUCGAGCUGGCACGAACGAGCGCAGUGAACGAAUGGAAUUAGCUUGUUUUUGCCACGAGGACAUAAAAUUCAUAUCUUCUCCGGAGCUAACGUGUAAUUUUCAUUCCAUAUAAUUAUUCAAUUAUCAGUCUGCCUUGUCCGGCUAGUGCUGUGAACAGUGCAAUAAAAUAAUCCUUAAAAAUCGCAAUUACUUUCCGUUAAGGACAAAGGUGCACAGUCAGUUUCUUUGCUGUGUUUUCAUUUCUGGAAACUUGACUAAGAGACCCCUUUACGAUUGCCAAACAAGCGCUAGCGUUACCCCCAUGUUGUGUAUCAAAAACCAGAAGAUAGGAUAAACAAGCACACGCACACAUCCGGGACAUGCGGUUCCUAUUUUGUUCGUAUUUCUUCAGUGAAAAUUGGAAAGCGUUUAGUCUCUUAUAUAAAACACUAGCAUGGCAUCCUUAAAAUGACUAAGAUUAAGUGUUAAUAGAGCAACCCCUACGCUUCUCUCGUAAUCUCCGAACCUUUCGUAUGUAUCCACGGCUCGAUAUAUUUAACCAAUGGCUCCAUGCUGCCAUUCGUCUGUUCAGUACAGUUAUUAGUAAUAGACCACAGAUGACGUCAAUAUGUGGUAAGGAUAAAAAAGUGGCAGACGAGCCGCAGGUAAGUGCUGUGUCACUGAUCUUUAUACUACACUUUUUAUUCGUUUUUAUUCGUUUUAAAAAAUGAAGAGAAAGAUUUAAAAAAAAAAACGACAAGCUUACCUCACACCGCUUUUUAACUGUUGUUGGAUUAGUUUAGGUAUUUUCCAGGUCAUAAACACUACUUUUCGUCUCUGCCUCUCCUUUUCGUCUUUAUCUUACUUGUUGGCAGUUUUUCCCAAGAUAUUUCAAGGCCUAGCUCAAAGAAGAAUGAAUUGCCCAAAAAAUUAAAACCGCGAUUUUCUCGUAUCGAUGACAUACGAUCAUGGCAACCGCUGUGAAAAUUUAUCAGUUCCAGUUCAGGCAUUAGGGAUGACGAAGACUUUGUCGACGACGACCGAACUGAGAUUCAGUGCACUGCGCAAGCGCGGCCAGCAAAACUUCGUCGUCUUAUUAGUGUCGUUGACAACGACAAACAAAGUAGAAUCACGUCGUCCUGUAACCACAAGCUUUGGCAGGUACAAAUACACUGUUUUUAAGCGAUUUUUAAAGUUCUUUACAUUUUUUUAUCUUCAUAAAUCCAGGUAUCCUUCCUUUUUUCACCUAACAAGCGACGUUGAUUUAAAAUUCGAGUAAUGAAUUGUCUAUACUUCGAAGAAUGACAACAGCUGUGGAGGCCGAGCGAGCAAACUCGUAAGUGAUAAAUUUAAUUGUACGUAUUUAGGAAGGGCAAAUCAGUUAUCUUUAAUAUAGAGGAAAUAGACCUUAUUCGGAAAAAAGCUAUUACAUCGGAAUGUCUCUUUUUCCGAAUCUAAACUCUGACAGACACUCGGUCAUCUCAAGGUUGAAAGUUGAGUAAUCUUGGUACGGAAAGAAAGGAUUUUUCCAUUCGAAACGGUCAGACAACACUAAGAUUCCUCAUCGUCGAUGAAAUUAGGCGUACAGCUUAAAAAUAAGAUCUUGCAUCGUUUUAAAAGACGCCAUUGCGAAAAAAACUUUGUUGCGAACGAACAUCACAGUUUUACAUUUGUGUUUACAUUCAGUGUCGUCGUCGUCGACCUACCGACCGACUGCAUCUUAAGUUUUCUUUUUCCCGCCGAAACUGACGUUCUCGUUCCAGUCCUUUGCCAGUCAACAGACAUCGUAGUCGUGAACUUCGUCGUGGUUCUUAAGUUCCCUAUUUAAAGCCACAAGCCUUUCAAGGGUCAUUCGUGUGUCUGUAAUAUGUAGAUCAAAGAAAACGACCAAUCAAAGUGCGCGUAACAUUCACUAUGGGCUCCUGCUACAUUGUAUAAACGCCCACUGAGCAUGAACCAAUUCUUACUUGAUAUGCAUUUGUUGGGUAGUCUCCUGUUGUUACGAUUACAAAAUUAAUCCACCAUAUGUUUUAAAAAGUUACCAAAUUAUAGUAUACUGAUGUCUUUGUCUUGAUUGAAUCACACCACCAAGACAAAAUUAAAGAUGAGGCUCAUUCAAAGUUUUCACAAAACUAUAAUGCAAUUCUAGGCGCGAAAUGUGUCGUAUAAUUACCACAAGUGAUAGAAAAGCUCUGACAUAUUGUUAUGGAUUAUUUCUGUGACCAGCUGGCAAUCAGAAGCACAAUAUCUCAAUGAAUUUUUAAUUUAAAAAUCUCUUUACUAAAAAAUUAUUGAGAAAUACAAAUAUCUGAAGGGCUAAAGCCGUUCUCAUCUAAAAUUUUCAGUAACAAAAUUGCGCUAAUCCUCUAUCUUCUACAACGCGAAGUAAGUUAAUAAAAGAGUUGGAAAGCAAGUAACGGUUUUUUUAAACGUAUUAAUUGCGUAAUGUAGUGUUAAGUGUAUGUAAUACUAUUGUGGAAAUUAGAUGUGUAAAUUAGGAAAUCUAAAAAAAAAAAGAGUUUGGAAAAAAGUAAUGAUUGAGCGAGCGUGGGGAGAACUCUGACAUACAGUCAAAAAUGACACGUAAUAUGACAUCUACAAAAACAUUCGCUGUAAUUUCGUCCUCACAGCUACAAAUAAGCAAAGAGUCAUUAUUAUCUGCAUAAUGGCAACCAAUGAGAUGGGCGACUUUUGUUUGGCCUUCAGAUCGGUGGCUGUGACCGACGGGUUCAAGGACAAGCUUAACGGGAAUUAACGCAAUGCACGUACGGUCUCCGUGAGGAACUUAGCAAUAGAGACUGGAGAAAAUCACAGAGGAUGUAAAGGCUCAUCGGCAUCUAUAAGUCGAGCUUAUAUUUGGUGAGUUUAAACGAUGUUAAUUAAAAGUACUAUUGAUAGCGUAAAACAGCUGAAAUCAAAAUGGAAAACCUAGAAAAUGUAUAUCUCUUGAGAAUUUGAGAGGAGCGCGUACUAGCCAUUAUGGUUACGUCAAAGUCGAGAAUUCUGAACGAGAGGUAAGGUAAGAUAUUUCAGAGGUGACUUUAAGUUCGCGUGCGCUGGCUGUUUUUGCUGUUUCGAAGCAUCUUUAUACAAGAGGUCAUAAGACAGACAGAAGAUUCAGUCUGAAGUCGUGCCACUGAAUUCUCUGUUGUGUAUUCUAUACAAAUUGCCAGCCGAGGUUAAAGUGUGUUCCUUUUUGUAUACGUUUUUCGUUUUGCUUUGGUAAAAUAUAUGCCAAAUCAUUUCUCUACUUCUAUAUACACUGCAAAUGCAUGGGCAAACUUUUCGCAGUUGUCUUUUCUACUGAACAUUGAGUUCACACAAACCAUGACAAAAUUCUCGUCAGGAACUGAUGAAAACUAAAUAAAUAAAUGAAAAGCUAGCUACGCCUGUAGACAUAAUUUAAUUUUAAUUUGUUCCUACUAAACAUUCAAGUUUACUGUUCAGGUUCCAAGAACUGCACUGUAUUAAUAACAAGGCAAUUUGUGUAAAUAAGACCUUCUAUUUUUACUACUUAUAAACUGUCUUGGCAUUGAUUAUUUUCAAUCAGUAACGACUCGUUUCGUCCGGAUACACUCGAUUUUUAAAUAACUUUUGUAUUGAGAACAUUGAUUGCAUAAUUCUCCGACUUUCAACUUACUGUUUUGUUGUUGUAAGCUGUUUGUUUCGAUCCAACAACAACAACAACAAUAACCUUUAUUUGCAUGACUAUAAUUAUUUACAGUAUUGCAAAAGGUACGUAAGAUAAGAACGAAAAGAUAAAUAAUUAUGAUAUUAAUAACAGAUAAUCAAGUGACAUUAUUCUUACAUGACAGUAAACUGUCGCGCAAAUUAUUCAAUAAUUAAGAUAAAUAUCUUCGGAGUUUAUCGCUCGGUUUAAUGACCAGGUCCGAGUAAGAUAGCUGCUGAAAAUUACGGAGAUGACUUCGUAUUUAAGCAAAAACUUAAUUUCUAAGUUUUAAAUACUUUGGGCAAUAGCAGAGAAAGUGAAUUUCAUCCUCAAUUUCAUUGGAAUGACAAAGAGGGCAUAAUCCUUUGUCUUGAGGAGUUUGAUUAUAUCUUCCAGUCUCGAUCAUAAGUUUAUGAUUGCUCACGCGUAAUUUACCAAAGCCUUUUUAUCGAUUGUUCUUCUAGUAAGGUUUAGAUAACUUGAAAUUUCAUAACAAUGUUUAAAUGUAUUAUAAAACUCUAAUUUCCUUGUAUAUUAACUAAAUACCGCCACUGAGUAAUAAUAUUAUACUUUUGUUUCAUUAUAUCUUUAAAUCUUGAUAUUUUGCUUUUAUCUAAAUUGCUGGGAACAAAAUCUGGUAGGUCAUAAGAUUUGGAUAAUUCAAUAAUAUUACUAUAAAAACUAGUAUUGCCAUUAAAAUGAAGAUUUAUAGUCAAGUAAUGCUUGUUUGACAAUAGAUUCUUCAUCCUUCCUUCUCAAAAAGAUACAUAAUGUAGUUAAGAGUUUUUUCUUUGAUGACAACUAUAGACCUAUUUGGCUAACUAAAUGUUGUACCCAAUUCAAACCCUUUGCGGAUAAAACGUUUUGUUUUAGGAAUUUCCAUAUCAUUUAAAUGUGAAUGCGACAUUAUAAUGCAAAUACAAUACACAAAGAAUCUUAACCCCGGGAGAUUUGAAUUGUUUACAACAUUGAGUUACGACGACGAACAUAUAACUCCGAAUUAACAUCGAAAUGUAUACCCCGGGUAGCCUUUGUCAAAUAAAUCGCGUAAAAUACCUGUUUGACAGGCGUAUGUUGAUCACUAUAAUUAAUUCUCUCGUAUUCAGUAAAUUAUUGUAUUGUUCAUCAGUAUGGGCUAAUACCACCAAGAAAAACAUCGAGCUAUUACAGACAGUGCAAAAUUUUGCAGUCCGGAUAGUUUCUGGAACAAGGAAAUUUGAUCAUGUUACACCUAUUCUUAAUUAAGCAGUUACAGUGGCUGCCAAUUGUUAAACAACUUAAGGUUAGGGAUGCUACCAUGGUAUUUAAAUGCUUAAAUGGACUUGCACCUCCAUAUCUUUGUCAGAAGUUUAAAACCAGAUCGGAAGUGCACAACUUCAACACUAGGAAUAGGGACCGCCUACAUAUACCACUCUGUAGGACGGCUGCAGGUCAGCGCGCGUUUACCUUCAGAGGCCAAAGGCUGUGGAAUAGUCUCCCAGACGAGUUUCAGUCUAUCACUAAUUUAGAUGUAUUUAAGGUUGAAAUAAAACAGCAUUUUUUAAGGGUAUUUUUGGAAAACUAAGUUUUAGCUAUUUGACAUUGUAAAUUAAGCUGAAAAGCCUUUUUGAGGAGAUUAAUAAAGUUAUUAUUAUUAUUAUUAGUUAGCCGAAUAUGUUUAUUAAUGGAAAUCUACCUAAUUCAUCUCCACAUGCCGCGUUAGGAGCCUUAUUACCUACUUCCAAGUAUCGCUUGCAGAGGACCCAGUUACGUCAGGAGAAACUGCGGCGAAACUGAGCUUUCAAGAACUGGCGAGAGAGCCCCUGGGAUGCUACUCUAAAAGAACCAGUUCCACGACUUAUUCGAAUGCUUAUCUGUGAUUGGGCACCAAAAAUAAUUUUGUAAGCAAUAAGAGGCCAACAUCUAUCACACGGUGCUUUUGUGAUCUUCUUAUACGAAGAGUUUUACCCGCAACCACGACUUUUCGCCGUACAUGUUUGGCUUUUUGCAGGAGAGCUUUUUCCGAGAAGAGUUUUCAGCGCAAAUGGGGCCCACAAAACCACAGAAAUUCUAUAAGUGGUAUAGUUUUUCCGUAUAAACUCAUGUAUUUAUUAUGCAUGCAGCAAUUUCAUACUCAUUUCACACAAAUAGAUGAUAUCAAUAGAUCGAGUGGAAACAUACAUGGAAAGGGUUGCACGGAAAUCUUUCCCGAUGAUUUAGCAUGUCAGCCUCCGAAUAACCGUUGCCUCUUUUAAGUCGAAAAUCAAUAAGCGCCGCGGGGCUCUUUCAAAAUUAAAUAUAUAGAGGAUAUUAUACGGUGGCGCGAAGAUAUGAAUUUUAUUUUCGAGUGAACAAUAUUUUACGAACGAGCGCAGCGAGUGAGUAAAAUAUUGUUUUUGCCACGAGAAAAUAAAAUUCAUAUCUUCUAGCUGCCGAUCUCGGAGAUGAAUUGGUCGCUUGUAUUUGGAUUAAAAGCAAAUCUCGACCUCUUCGCUUCGUCGAAGGCCCCUCGACUGCUAGUCAAGAAUCCUCGCAGUCAUCUGAACUGUUAGUCAAAAAGCCAGAUAUCAAACUUUGCAUGUUUAGAAUCUGGGGCGGACUUUAAUUUCCAGCUGCUGCGAUACAAUGGUUAUUAAUACGCAAAGAGUAAGGUUCUAUAAGAAUAAGGCUGACAUGUAUAUUUAUUAGUUGGUUUGAUUUCAUUGCUUUUUUGUUUAUUAAAUUCUCACGAAACUCACCAAUCCAACCUUUUUAAACAAGAUUCAAAUUGCUACUUAUUUAGCUUCAUCCAUAAAUAACGAAUUUCCGGCGAGUCUGGUCUAGAGAUUCUCGCAACACAAAAUGCACAACGCUAAAAAAGGUUUAGUAGUUUAGUUAUAAAAUCGAUCAUUGUUAAUUUGUUACAAUAUGAGUAGUAUCGCCAAUAUAAAAUCUGUCAGCAAUGUUCAUCUGUUAUCAGAAAAAUGUAAUUCGUGUGAAAUUUUGAUAGGUUUUCCUUACGCUUGAAUUAACAUUCGCUAGCUUUAUUAAUGCUUUAUUGACAUUUUUUUCCUACUGUGACGUUUUUUGGUUUUAUAAUACAGUAUCUGUUCUUUUGUGUGCGUGCGGCGCGAUUCCAGAACACACAAAACAGAUGAAACUGGAUAUAAACCGGACAACAACGUUGGUUUGUGUAUUUAAAAAUUUCCGGAUAUAGUAAAUUAAAAAAGGAGAGAAGUAAAAUUACUGACCUCCACUUUCGAUAAGUUAGGCUUUGCCCGUGAAAUGUUUCCUUUCCUCACGAUUGGGCAUAUUUGGAAAACCCAUAAACAAGCUUAAAAAAUGUAUAUAUCAUAUCAAUCUUUCCUCACGCUGGUUUUGAAAUUGGUUUUGUGUCGACGCCUUUACUUGGACCCAGACUCCUGAAUCCAGUUAUCACUUUUGAUGGCAGUAGAUCAAUCGACUCGCUCUUACAAAUAGGAAGGCGAUGUAAAACGACACAGUAAACGGAAUUAACCUUACUGACAGUUGCUUGCAUUUGAAUUUUGUUAUCUCCAGAUCAGAUGAAAAUUGGAUACUAGCAUUCCAGUUGUAUUAAGAAGCCAUGUCAGUUUACAGCAAUUCCGAUUCAGCUGAAGUUGUAUUAAUAGUGGUCCAUUCUGUACUCGUCAUCGUAAAUAUUGCCGGAAACGUUCUGGUCUGUGUCAUCAUUCUGAGGAAUCGAGAUAUGAGGUAUGCGGACAAAAAAAAGGUGCUUGAUUUUAGAGAGGAAAUGUGACUGCUUUUCUUUGAGACAAAGGAAAUUGACGGUAUAUACGGGUGUCCGUAUUAAGCGGGUGACCUACUGUACCCUAUUCUUCAUGUACUUUCUGAGCAGCUAUAACAUACUGUCAAUGCUUUAUUCUACAGGACUUCACUCAACUAUCUUAUUCUUAAUCUGGCUGUUGCUGAUAUCACAACAGCCCUAUUUUUAUCACCAAAGUACAUAUUUUCCCACUUCAUCGCACACCCAGAAGGAGCAGCAGGCACCGCGCUCUGCAUUGCGUUGACUGGUGGGAUCAUUGGAUGGGUCGGCGCCGCCACUGGAGUAUUUUGUUUGGUUGCUAUAGCUGUUGAACGUUACUACGUCGUGGUUUAUCCAUUUGAAAACAUGGAGGCGCUUAGUAAACGUAAACUUAAGGUGUGAUAAUUUCAAUUUAUCAUAACUUGUAGUAGUACUACGUGUAUUCGUAUUUCGAUUACCUUAUAUCAAAAGCCAGAAGUUAAUUCGAGAAAUCAUCGCGCCUUGCAGACUAUUCAAUUUUAUGAAGCGUUUCGUGUGACACUGAAAACUGGUUUCCUUAAGUGUUCGUUAUUUAUUUUAUCAGUCAAUAGAUGAUGGCAAGAUGAUCUCCCUUUAAAUGGAGAAAAGUAUCUUUCGCGUGUUCGAUUAGCAACUCAGUAUCUGUUCCCCAUGUCUUGGAAAAUAAAUUUUCAGCAACCUUUUUUUUUAAGAGAGAUUAUUUUUGUCUGUUUGAUAGACUAAUCAUAUUUUUAUAUUCUUUUUUGUUUGUUGUUUUGUUUUGUUUGUUUGUUUUUUCCAUGCGUAUAUAACCGUUUCAAGGUCAAUCGAAAAUCACUCUUGACUAUCAGGCAAGCAGAUAACUGGAUGAUCUAAGGGCUUCGCGCAAACUGCAUGAUUCGUCUGCAAGGCAAUGCCAAAUUCUCGGGUGGCGAGUGAGAUCUUUACACGCAGCCAAAGAACAUGGCUAGUCAGAUUGUUAGCUUGGUUAAAUAAAAAUAAAUAAAUUGUUUUUAAGACUAUACUGAUGCAAAUAAUGACAAUGAUGAUGAUGAUGAUGACGAUAAUAAUAAGUCAUCAUCAGUGUUACUUGAACCGGACUUACCAUUAUUUCCUUUUUUACACUUUUAAAAAAAUGACAGCAGUUUCAAGGAAUUUUUGCUUUCAACAAGCGACAGUUUGGAUGCUCUUCGUGAACUUAAGUAUAAUUGGUCCAGAAUUGAUAUCCAGCCUAGUCGCAGAUAUAUAUGCUGAUUUGUGUGCGCUUCAUAAAAUAACCUUACCAUAAUUACUCCCUUGUUUUGCUUGAUAUCAAAACAGGUGAUAAUUCUUAGUACUUGGAUUUUUGGGAUUAUCUUCAAUAUUCCAUCGUUCAUGUACAGAAGAUAUAACGAAUAUUGGAAUUACUGCAUCAACACGUGGCCAAGAGAGUGGGUCGGCAAGGCCUACGGUUUUUAUUGGUUUUGUCUGGCAGUCCUCUCUACUUCUCUCAUGGCCAUAUUGUACUUCCGUGUGGUGUACACUUUGUGGUUCAAACAUGAGGACAGGAGAGAAAACAAUACGCAACAGAAGGUAAAAUGAUUUAAAAACAUUAUUGGGUAUGGGAUAGUAACCCAUAUGGGAACACCACAUAGUUGUCCUAUAUAUUAUAGGGAUGACGUUUAUCACUUAGUGCAGGUUAUUAUGCAUAUUUCAAUGUACAUGACAUGACUUAUAUAGGCAAGAAAUAGGUAGACUGUGUGAUAUGCUGACUCAGAGUAAUACAAAUUCCUGAUAGUGCUUUAGCUCCACCUUCAGUUUAAAGUAAUAGCAUGCGCAUUUCCAAAGGUAUCUGCGUUUUGUUAUUUUAAAAUAUAUAGAUGGUUUUCACAGUGACGUCAUCAAAUUGUAAAGUCAAAAUAGCGAGGUCUUACGAAUUCUUAUUUACAGUAGGUUGAAGAUAAACAAAAAGUUAAUCUUUGUACAAGUUUUCAGUCCCAUAGCAUGUUUCAUUUCGAAAAUACAGCAAUUUGAACUUCCGAGUUUUCACAGUGCGUGACACCAAACUAGGAAUGCUGUCUCCUUGAAAAAAAGUCCCUCCUCUUGAUUUUCAGCAGUAUAACCAUUUCAAGUAUUAGAAGAUAUGUUUAUGCUCACGUAUGCUAGUUCUCGAGUGAAAAGAAGAAGCUUUUACAGAAAAAGUGUACUCCAGAUGUUUUUGUUGAUUUUCGGCGGCCAUAUUGGUGCACCAAAACUGUGCACCAAUAUGGCGUCUCCAUACAAAGCUCUACAAAGAUGCGUGAAACAUUUCGGCAAAUAACUCAGAAACUGUGGUCCAAAAAGACCUGAGACUUGGAUAAAUUGUUUAAAUAUUAGUUUUUCAUAACAUAUCAUUUUCUUGGCUUCUUUCACUGGACGGUUUUCAAUUUAUUUUUUUGUUGCGUGACAGUGAAAACGAUCUAUAUGUUGAUGCUGUCUUAGUGUUAAACUGAACAAAGAAACUGCACUGAAAGAGCGCACGCUUGCAUGAGUUUCGAAUCAGUUCCCAGGGUACUUAAAUUUAAUCUUUAAACGGGAUUUUUUUCUGGGAACAAAAGCAUCAAGAUUUCUGCAGAUAGAACCCUAACCCUAACCCUGACACCCACCCCCCUUCUCUGAAGGUCUGGAUCCGCCACUAUGCAGUAACUUGUGCGCGACGAAGGCCGCGCCGAGACUCUGAAUUCUGCAAACGUUUAAAAGGUGAGAAGCUAAAUGGAAGUCAGAAAGUCUGUUUAAAUGUGAGUGAGUAGGCAUGAAAUUACUUUUUUGGGCUUUAAAAAAAUGCGUUUAAUUGAUGGCGGUCAUAGCCGGGUAACCCCAAUAACGGAAUUGCAACGCGAACUUCAUCUCUCUUGUGCCUGUCUAAUUGUUUGUUUGUCUUUUUUUUUAAUAACAGGCGGUUCUGAAGAUGCGAAAACGAGCUACCUUAAUGGUCAUACUUGUCAGUGUUGUCUUUGGAGUGUGUUGGGUGACUGACAGGACCAACUACCUUAUGGUACAGUUUUAUUCCCAUACGGGUGCAUUUCUCUCCCUAGCGGCAUCCAAUACGAUGGUUUUGGUCAAUUCUGCUAUCAAUCCAAUUGUAUAUGCAUUGGUCAACUAUCGUUUCAGAGAAAAGGCGAAGAGGAUGAUACAAGUUCGUUGCUGCCGCACAGCAGUUCGCCCUGCCGGUGGACUGCAGGUGAUAGCAUCUCAGUCACGCAGGGCAGGUGACAUCUCCAGUAAAUGUUAGAAAGUGUUCAAAGCAACUUCAAUCACGGCACAAUCUGCAAUUCCUUAACCAUCACCCACCUUGUGUACUCAUAAAUAACAGAAAAUGUCAAAAACAAUUAACCAACAAAAACAACAACAUUAUUCGGUGCUUAAUAGUCACUUUAAAGUAUUACAGUAUUGAUAAAGAAGAUCUAUUAACAGAGGUAAAGAGGAGAACAUUCAGGAUGCUCCAAAUAACCACAGGGGCUAAAGAAAAAGGGCAGCCUUUAGUUAGGGGAUUAAUUUAUGAUUAUUAGAGUCAGAUUACCUCACACGCCAUGUUGCCUGACUGCUGACCGUCUUUAUACCAUACCCUUUCAGUUUUGAGGCUAUCCUGUAAUAUACUUAAUUCGUUAAAUAUUGUGUUACGUUUAGAACUGACAUUUUGUAGAUGUCGUAGCGUAGUGCUCUAAUUCAUGAAACGUCUGACGGUAAGGUUUGGAAUACUGGGUAAAAAAUAAAGGGUCGGUUAUUCAAACGAUCAAGUCUAACUUAGGCCGAUGUUUAAGAAAUCAUUGGUCCAGAUCUCUUUCUUAGUGGGUUAAUGUAAGAAAAUAUUAAGUGCUUUUCCAGUGUGAGCCAUAUGCUUUUUUGAAAUUGUUUACGAUAAAUGAUGUAUAGAUAAAUGCGGUGGGAAAACUGAAAAUGGCUUAGAACGCGGUUUUGUUAAGCACGAGCUAAACUCCUUUUAAAUGACUGGCCCAAAGACACUUGAUUACAGUUAGUUGAAUCUACCUACUCCAGGAUGCAGAGUACUACCAGUGAAACCAAUUAAAUACAUGUAGACUCUUGCUGAGCGUUUUAUAAAAACAAUAGGCGAUAUGACAGACCUAGAAACGUUCAUUGGAUGUAAGUCAAUGUCACAUGAACAACAGCCAUUUCUCUUGAUGUAUAUAGGUUAGCAUACUACCUUACUUAAAAGUUGAAUAACUCUAUCGCUAGAGGCAGAAUGUAUAUAAUAGAGGCUGUUAGACAGUGGUGAGAAGAUAUGGAUUUUCUAUAUGUUCGAGCUGGCACGAACGAGCGCAGUGAACGAAUUGAAUUAGCUUGUUUUUGCCACGCGAACAUAAAAUUCAUAUCUUCGCCGGAGCUAACGUGUAAUUCUCAUUCCAUAUAGUUAUUCAAUUAUCAGUCUGCCUUGUCCGGCUAGCGCUGUGAACAGUGCAAUAAAAUAAUCCUUAAAAAUCGCAAUUACUUUCCGUUAAGGACAAAGGUGCACAGUUUUUUUUGCUGUGUUUUCAUUUCUAUGUUCUUUUGGAAACUUGACUAAGUCAUCAUUAAACAAAGUUCGAAAAAGUCGAGGAGACGCCUUUACGAUUGGCAAACAAGCGCUAGCGUUACCCCAAUGUUGUGUAUCAAAAACCAGAAGAUAUUGUAUAUUGUGGGUCAAUAGUAUUCUUGCUUGUUGUGUAGCUCUUUGAAAUAUACCGAUUCAUAAUGAAGAUUUUCACACAUAUUCCAUACAAUAGGUGAGAUAAAUACAGGAAACGCAAGGUUCCAUGCACAGUUUCAGCUCGAUUUACACAGCUUUGACCAAAACAUUCUCAGUUUCGAGAAUAGUUCAUUCUAAACCAUACGAAAAGAUUUAAUUAGAAGUUGAGUUUUUCGCUAUUUAACCUUCACUUUUUACAUUCAGUUCAUUUUAUUUGCCGGAAAGUAAGCCUUAGAAAUUAAAAAGACGUUUGAUCGAUUCACGCUCACGCAUUCUAGUCUUAUUUGAAACUUUAUAACGCAAGGACAUCUGUGAGCAGGGAAAAAGUCAGCACAGAAUUUGAUUGUCGGCGAAUUCAUGUAAUUGUCCAUCAAUCUGCUAGUGAUAAGCUACCCGUUGUUCACUCGUCUUCCUUGUUUGGGGCUGAGUCUUAUUCCGGUCAAAGAGAGUGAAAGAGUGUCUGGCAAGGUUUCCAAUAUAAAUCAAAGAUUUGUGAACUCGUGUCUGGCAAACCUCCAAGUGUUUAUAUAUACACAGUUAAACGCACCUUAUAAAAACAAAAAAAAAAAAAUAAAACAAACAAAUUUUAUUGAAAAUUGGAAAAUAACUAAUUACAUUACUUUCCCACUCGCAAAUAGCUUAUGAACUAAUCGAGGCGGGGGGAGCUGAAGACAUAUUACAAAACAAGAUUUAUAUAUAGAUGGACUAAAUAACAGUGAAGACACUACAAUACAGUAAAUAGAAUUUAAACUAACAUAAAACAAGGCAUGUACAUAACGAUUACGAAGAGAGGCUAACCCAAAGUAUUAAAUAACUUAAUAAGACGGGAGACUUCGACAUAAUCAUCAACAAUUUAUUAUUUAAGUAAGUUCCUGGCGGUUUUAUAACCGGCAAGAAGAAGUCCUCGACCAAAAAUCGCCAAAAGUUAUAGAUCGCUUCGUCUUCAAUUAUCUUGCCGUUGAUAACGCGGGUCAAACAGCAGAUAACAAGCACACUUGCAGCAUGAUUUUUCGUUUCUUUCUUCUGGCGAGUAAAACCGACAAGCCGUUGUGGGAGAUAAUGCUUUUCAGAAACCGUCAGUAAAACUUAUCUGCUGACAGGCCUUUUCCUUCUUACGGUCCCUUAACUGCUUUUUUCUAUUCUCCUUUGAAGCUGAAAUUGAUGCCUUCUAACGAUGAAUUCCCGUAGAGAAAUCUCAACACGCUUCACUAGCGACAUAUGUUUAGUUGUGAAUGGUAACACUCAAGUUACUGAAUGACAUGUAGGUGACCAAUUAGAACACGCUAUUUAGAUCUUAUCAAAUUUUGACCAAUCAGGAUUUUAACAUUCGCCUGGUAGAUGUUAAAAAUGAGAAAACAGUGGUUUUCUGGCAGGCGUUUCCCUCCUCCUUCCUCGCGCGCCCCUCGCGUUUCUCUAGCGCCUAAAACUCCCUUUCACAAAACUCCCUUUCCCUUCCCUUUCAAACGCCUGCCACGCAGGCUAGUCAACAGACGUCGUCGUCGUGAACUUCGUCGUGGCUCUUAAGUUCCCUAUUUUAAAGCCACCAAGCCUUUAAAGCGUCAUUCGUGCGUCUGUAAUAUGUAGAUCAUAGAAAACGACCAAUCAAAGUGCGCGCAGCAUUCACUAUGGGCUCCUUCUGCAUUGAAAUAAACGCCCACUGAGCAUGAACCAAUUCUUACUUGGUAUGCACUUGUUGGGUAGUCUCCUGUUGUUACGAUUGCAAAAUUAAUCCACCAUAUGUUUUAAAAAGUUACCACUUUAUAGUAUACUGAUGUGUCACUUUGAUUUGUCUUGAUUGAAUCACACCACCAAGACAAAAUUUAAGAUGGAGCUCAUUCAAAAUUUCCACAAAACUAUAAUACAAUUAUAGGCGCGAAAGGUGUCGUAUAGUUACCACAAUUGAAAGAAAAGCUCUGACAUAUGGAUUAUUUUUGUGACCAGCUGGCAAUCAGAAGCACAAUAUCUCAAUGAAUUUUGAAUUUAAAAAUCUCUUUACUAAAAAAUUAUUGAGAAAUACAAAUAUCUGACGGGCUAAAGCCGUUCUCAUCUAAAAUUUUCAGUAACAAAAUUGCGCUAAUCCUCUAUCUUCUACAAUGCGAAGUAACUUAAUAAAAGAGUUGGAAAGCAAGUAACGGUUUUUUUAAAAGUAUUAAUCGCGCAAUGUAGUGUUUAGUGUAUGUAAGUAAUAUUUUGGAAAUUAAAUGUGUAAAGGAAAUCUACAAAAAAAAAGUUUGGAAAAAAGUAAUGAUUGAGCGAGCGUGGGGAGAACUCAUACAGUCAAGAAUGACACGUAAUAUGACAUCUAGAAAAACAUUCGCUGUAAUUUCGUCCUCACAGCUACAAAUAAGCAAAGAGUCAUUAUUAUCUGCAUAAUGGCAACCAAUGAGGUGGGCGACUUUUGUUUGGCCUUCAGAUCGGUGGCUGUGACCGACGGGUUCAAGGACAAGCUUAACGGGAAUUAACGCAAUGCACGUACGGUCUCCGUGAGCAACUUAGCAACAGAGACUGGGGAAAUCACAGAGGAUGUAAAGGCUCAUCGGCAUCUAGUCAUGUGGAAAUAAUAAGAUGUAAAAGUUGAGCUUAUAUUUGGUGAGUUAAAACGAUGUUAAUUAAAAGUAAUACUGAUAGCGAAAAACAGCUGAAAUCAAAUGGAAAACCUUGAAAAUGUAUAUCUCUUGUUAACUGAGAAUUUGAGCGGAGCGCGUACUAGCCAUUAUGGUUACGUCAAAGUCGAGAAUUCUAAACGAGAGGAAAGGUAAGAUAUUUCAGAGGUGACUUUAAGCUCGCGUGCGCUGGCUGUUUUUGCUGUUUCGAAGCAUCUUUAUACAAGAGGUCAUAAGACAGACGAAAGCUUCAGUUUGAAGUCGUGCCACUGAAUUCUCUGUUGUGUAUUCUAUACAAAUUGCCAGCCAGGGUUAAAGUUUGUUCCUUUUUGGAUACGUUUUCUGUUUUGCUUUGGUAAAAUAUAUGCCAAAUCAUUUCUCUACUUCUAAACCUACAUACGCUGCAAAUGCAUGGGCAAACGUUUCGCAGUUGUCCGUUUUCUACUGAACACUAAGUUCAGACAAACCAUGACAAAAUUCUCUUCAGGAACUGAUGAAAAGAAAAGUGAAAAGCUAGCUAAGCCUGUAGACAUUAUUUAAUUUUGGUCCUACUAAACAUUCAAGUUUACUGUUUAGGUUCCAAGAAUUCACGCACUGUAUUAAUAACAAGGCAACCUGUGUAAAUAAGACCUUCUAUUUUUACUACUUAUAAACUGUCUUGGCAUUGAUUAUUUGGAAUCAGCAACGACUCGUUUCGUCGGAAUACACUCGUUUUUUAAAUAACUUUUGUGUUGAGAACAUUGAUUGCAUAAUUCUCCAACUUUCACCGGCUGUAUCCUUUGAUAAUUUACAAUCAAUUAAACUAAUAAAAUUUUUCCCGUUCGUUUAUGUUCGCCCAUAAUUACAAGAGAUAAAAGACAACGAAAUUUCGGAGGCAAAAAUUGAGGAAUUAAACUGAAAUCGAUCGACGAGUUCUAGAGCUUUGUAAUCUUUUUUAAACAUUGACGAGGGGAGUUUCUCCAAUUAGAAAUCAUCACUGGCUAUUUUUUUGCAAAAGCGAGCUCUUCGCUUUAUCUAUUUUUCUGAGCGAAAUCAGCAUGUAAUUCCUUUAUUUAUUGACGCCGGUGUUUUACCGUUAAAAUUUUUGCAUUAUGAGCAUUUAGCUAACCUUAAGUUUGAAAUAAGAUACAAUAAUGCUCCUGGAAACAUUCAAGAUCUCUUUCAAGAUAUUUCUGAUAUUCAUUCUUAUAAUACUCGAUCCUCUGCCUCUAAUAACUUUUACACACAAAGUUCCAGGCUCUCAAUUCAAGUGAAUUCAUUUUCUAGAAUCGGAACAAAAAAAUAUGGAAUGAAAUGCCUGUAUCUUUAAGAAAACUUUCAAAAAAUGCCUUUAAGAGGAAAAUAAAACAAACACUUUUUGAGAUCCUAGCUUCAGAGGACUGUUAUAUUGAUCUCCCAGAAAUCGUUCAAAAAAUUAAGCUGAAUUUAUUUUCCUCUUAGUUGAUAUGCAAUCAUUAAUAUCGUUUAGUUUAUCAAAUAUGAAAAGCUGGCGCGAAUGCAACUGGUCGCAUUAGGGAAACCAUUCGUCCGGUAAAACCAUCCGACAUUUUAGGCACUGAGCGGAAACGUUUGACAAAAAGGUUCAAUUUUCAAAUAUUUGUCUUUUAAUUAAAAUCUCUUGUCAAUAUAUCUUGACUUAAUGCAUCUUGAUUUGUUUUUACUAUUGUUGUAGUUAAUGUUGCUUUUAUCCCAAAAUGAGUUUGGCACCACAAAUGUGCUUUGAAACAAUGCAGGGAAGGUACCUUUGAAACGAACAUUGUUUUAAAAUUAAUUUUAGUCUUGGAUUCAUGUUAAUUGACAUUUUUAAAAAAUGAAAAAAUAAAGGUUCAAUUCAGCAACCUGAAUUAUAUGGAAACGCAACUUGGGGAGCUUGGCAACCCCGUUGAGUUGCGUUGUAUAGCUGUAUAGCUUUAUACUCGAAUUCCAAGUUUGGUUUUUACAGACUCGUCAUCAUUAUCACUGAAUAUUAAGGUUAAUUACCACUGCUUAUAUCAUAACAAUGAUUACUGUUUUGUUGUUGUAAGCUGUUUUUUUCGAUCCAACAACAACAACAACAGCAACAAUAACCUUUAUUUGCAUGACUAUAAUUAUUUACAGUAUUGCAAAAGGUACGUAAGAUAAGAACGAAAAGAUAAAUAAUUAUGAUAUUAAUCACAGAUAAUCAAGUGACAUUAUUCUUACAUGACAGUACACGGCGCGCAAAUUAUUCAAUAAUGAGAUAUAAUUCGUCAGUCGUUAAUUAAGAUAAAUAUGUUCAUCGCUCGGUUUAAUCACCAGGUCCGAGUAAGAUAGCUCCUGAAAAUUACGGAGAUGACUUCAUAUUUAAGCAAAAAUUAAUUUCUAAGUUUUAAAUACUUUGGGCAAUAGCAGAGAAAGUGAAUUUCAUCUUCAAUUUCAUUGGAAUGACAAACAGGGCAUAAUCUUUUGUCUUGAGGAGUUAGGUUAUAUCUUCCAGUCUCGAUCAUAAGUUUAUGAUUACAUGCCACGUUAGAAGCCUUUAAUAUUACCUACUUCCAAGUAUCGCUUGCAGAGGACCCAGUUACGUCAGGAGAAACGGCGGCGAAACUGAGCUUUCAAGAACUGGCGAGAGAGCCCCUGGGAUGCUACUCUAAAAGAACCAGUUCCACGACUUAUUCGAAUACUUGUCUGUGAUUGGACACCAGAAAUAAUUUUGUAAGCAAUAAUCACGCGCUGCUUUCGUGAUCUUCUUAUACGAAGAGUUUUACCCGCAACCUCGACUUUUCGCCGUACAUGUUUGGCUUGUGCAGGAGAACUUUCUCCGAGAAGAGUUUUCAGCGCAAGUGGGGCCCACAAAACCACAGAAAUUCUAUAAGUGGUAGAAUUUCCGUAUAAACUCAUACAUUUAUUAUGCACGCAGCAAUUUCAUACUCACUUCACACAAAUAGAUGAUAUCAAUAGAUCGAGCGGAAACAUACAUGCAUAAUAAAUGUAAGGGGUUACACGGAAAUCUUACCCCAUAAUUUAGCACGUCAACCUCCGAAUAACCUUGGCAUCUUUUAAGUCGAAAAUCAAUAAGCGCCGCGGGGCUCUUCAAAAAAUACAUAGAGGAUAUUACACAAAGCAAAGAUAUGAAUUUUAUUUUCGUGGGGCAAAACAAUAUUUUACGAACGAGCGCAGCAAGUGAGUAAAAUAUUGUUUUUGCGACGAGAAAAUAAAAUUCAUAUCUUCAAGCCGCCGUGUAAUGUCCUUUUUAUUAUAUAGACAAACAGACAUCGAUAAAAUAAUGGAGGGAAAUGACCGAAAUUACGUCAUCGAUAAACUCACGUGUGAGAUUAUGGAAAAUAAACCACUCGGGUCCCAGAUGUAGUUUUUAUGAAUUUUACGAGUGGUAUAUUUUCCAGUAAAACACUCGUGUCUAUAUAAUCAAAUGUUUUACCGUAUUUUAUCGAAAGGGCGCUUACCUCGAGAGUAAGAGUCACACAUGAGAAGAAGAAAAAUACACAAACCCCUUGGCACUCUUUCGAAUAAGUAUAUUUUCUCCUGUAUUCAACGGUCUGAAUGGGGGUACCUCUAUAACACUAAAUACUUCAUUUUUUGUUGGUUUUCAACUCUGGGACGAGCGAAUUUUCUUCGGGUGCCACGAGUUUCUGCGUUGCUCGAAAACCAUAAUUUCUAAAUUCCAAUUCAUGGAAAAUAAAACCAGCUCAGGUGUUUUGCCGAAGUUUACCGUCAAAAUGAUUUGCUGGUACCUUUUAAUUUAUUGACACUUUGUUGGGUCUACAGGUUUCAGACCGUUUUGUCUUGGUUCAGUUUUCCCUUAUCAUAUUAGAGCUUCAGAUUGUUUUCCAGUCAAAUGGACUACAAACCACCAAUUUCUAAAUCACUUUAUUGGUUCGAGGAAGCUGUCACGUGAUAUGCCAUAUAUCUUUUAUAAGCAAUAACGUUUCACAUUUUAAUUCAUAUCAUUAUUAAUUUUUGCCACAGAUGAUUAUUGUUUAAGGAAUUCCUGUAUGCGUUACUUCUUAGAGAGAAAACUCUUGAUCUGACAAUCGUCUAUACCGGCCUGACCACUUGAGGACUGCAAGACGGAACUGAAUCAUCAACUUGAUACCCCAGAUAUCGUUCAUGAAAUGUCGUCUACCUAUCAGGACUUUGGAGUAUCUGAAACCGUAGUCAAAACAGCGCAGGGCAUUCUUAUCAUUGUAAACAUCAUGGGAAACUUUCUGGUGUGUGUCAUUAUAGUAAAGGAAAAGGAUAUGAGGUAAGGCGGCAAACACAUUGUAUGCAACUAAACAAUAACAAUUCGUUCCGAAGUACAAAAUAUACCCUCCAGUUUAUCAUGAUAUUGCGCUUUCAACAAAUUUAAAAGAAGGACUGGAGAGGGAAAGAAAUGCCAAACUUGGUUUAGGGGGAAGAUAUUACCUAUAACGCAAAAAAGCUGAAUAAAAUCAGCCGUCUUUGAUUUACAAAGCUCCUGCGAAAAACUCAGGCGUGCACGCCAUAUAUAAAAUUUGUUAUGACUCUACCUCUUUAGCUACACCAUAAAUGAUUUUGCAGUAGGGUAUAAAAGAUAUAAUGCCUCACCCUUCCAGGAUACGUUUAUUGAGGGCAUCUCUUUGGCGAAAAAGAAAAAAAGAAAUCUAUAAUUUAUUUCUAUCUCAGCAUGCUACGCUUUUAAAAUCGUAUGGGAAUUAAAUUUAAAUUAGGGCACUCUUAACAUUAACGAGAUUUCGAUCUUGUUUUUCCCGACUGAACUACAAUUAUCCUUAUAAUAAUGAUUAGAACGUUUCUGGGCUUAGAAAUCGAAACAAAUGAAAAAGUAAGUGCAAAAAAAGAUAUUCCCUUUUUUAUUUUAACAUGUUAAUGUAACUUAUCCCCAGCAAAAAUCACUCAAGGCUUAAAUGAAAUGUACCUGCAACAUAAAUAAUAAAAUGCCAACAGGUCCAACAGUAGCAAUUAUCUCUGAGAUUAUAAUUAUGUAACAGAAAUCAAACAGUCAGUUUCAUGUUCAUGCCCAGGGACUCCGGUACUCCAGUCCAUUGAAACUGUUUAGUUUUGCCACUAACUCGACUCUAGCGAAAAACUUGUAAAUGACAAACUCACCGUUUCCUGACCGUAACCAUCAAGAAUGUCUCCUAGUAUCAUAAGAUGUAAAGCUACAAACAACAAAGAUGAACCUUGGAAACUGUUUGGUUUCUUCCGAUUGCGAUCCUUUUCGACUAACUAAGUAAGAUAACGGGAAAUAAUCACAUGGCCAUUUCCAGGUUCCAAAAAGCCUCACUUUCAAACCGACGAUAAGUGCAAAACAUUUCUUGCGAAAAUGGGUUUUAUUUGCAUGAGAAUAAGAAAAAAAUCAUUUCAUAUAAAUGGCUUCGUAAGUAACCUCGCUUUGAAACAGAGGCAUGGGGCAACUCGGAAAUAGCAUCCCACGCAGAAGUUCUAUCCCGGGGCCUCUUCCCUUAAAAAAUGAGAUAGGCGGGAUAUAACCACAGAAACGAGAUUAUACCUCCUAUAGCCGCCUUUUUUAUAUAGUAUGUCUUCGAGCUUUUAUUAUUAUUAUUAUUAUUAUUAUUUUAACGAGGGCUCCACUGUAAUUGGUUAAGCUGUAGUGGUCUCCCUGCCUAAUAAUUUUUAUGUAUUAUGUAUAAAGAUUGUAUUCUUGUUAGGUGAAGCUAAAUAAAUAAAUAUAAUAAAUAAAAGUAGCGCAAAUGUCUUGCUUAUCCAUCACUGUAAAGUUUGUAAAAGUGCUGCAUCUUAUCAGUUAGGCUACGUUAAAACGGGCAACAAAAAACCUGUAACUAGUUUUGCAAUACUGCUAAAAAACGAAUUGAAUAGUGAUGUUGCGCGUUUUACCAACCACCUUCGAACCUGCCUUGCAACAAAUCAGGCUGCAAGGAUUCUUUUACCGUACGUGGGUGGUAAAACGCGCAACAUCGCUAUUCAACUUGUUUUGAAGCUAAUUCGCAAAACAAGAUGUACGUUUUUUGUUACUUGUUUUACCGUACCUUAAGUCAAAAUAUACACUGUGCAUUUAUCCCAAAGGACGCCAGUCAACUUUCUUCUCAUGAAUCUUUCCAUUGCUGACAUGGCUGUAGCAACGUUCUUUGCACCAAGGUAUCUCUUCAUCCACUCUAUAACUCAUCCAGAUGGAGCAGCUGGAUUACUUUUAUGCAAACUAUUGACGAGCGGAAACCUCGCCUGGGUUGGAGCUUCCUCUUCGGUCGUCACCUUGGUUAGCACCGCUUUUGAGCGCUAUUAUGCAGUGCUACAUCCUCAUGGAACCAAGGGAAAACUUACAAAGAACAAAGUUAAGGUGAACUUGCAUCCCUCUUUUUCUAAGUUCAUUAUCAAAAUGAUGUCCUUUGAGAGGCGUCGAUCAUUACUGCGAUGAAGAAUCGGAGGGGGGGGGACUCAACAAAGCUUUAUACGGGGAGACACCGCCCGACGUCCAUCCCGUCCCUUACCUUUUUAUGUACCAUUUUGACAGACGGAAAAGGCACUCCUUUCGUGUACUUUCUAAUGACAAAUGGUACCCCUUCCACAUACCUGGUUUAGAACCUUUGCACCCCUAGCUUUUAAAUACUGCUAAAUGCACUGUCUCAAAAAGUUUUCACGACCUUCUCAAAGCCAUAAAAUGCAUCUCUUGGUCCUUUUGGGCCUUUUUUCAGACCAAAGUGACAGAAUUCUAUACUUUUACUAGUGAGUUCCCUACCUUUUCAUAUGCUGAAGCCUGAUUAACUGAGGUACCCCUUUCGGUCGGAACCUCCCCGUAUGAGUCAUUACUGGGAGGACCUCCCCCCGGGUGAGGAACACGUUUGUAUUUCAUUAAGAAUGUAUACCAGUAUCUGACCAAACCUUCAAGAAGAUGCCGUUCCUGGGUUUGUCUUACUAGUUUGUUUAUCAGUUCGGGCCUUGGACGAACGAUCAUCCAAGAUAUACUAUUGCUGGCCUUUUCCUCCGAGCUUUGCAACGUUCUGAGAGACACCGGUAUCUAUAAACUAUAUAUCUAUGAACAAAAUUCGUGUUUGGUUUUGCUGAACUUGUCAACCUUUAGGGGAAUGUAACUCAUAAUUUAUAAUGAUCAGCUUAUUGCCCGCCUCAAAAUUUCAGCUGGGUAGAAAACAGCACCAAUCGUCUUCCUUGUGUUAUUUCAGGUGAUAAUUUCCUGUUCUUGGAUCUUUGGAGUUGUAAUCAAUAUCGUGGGGAUCCUGUGUGAUAACGUAAACGAAGAGAAAGCCUGUGCUCACAUAUGUCCCGAAGAAUGGAUGAACCGAGUGUAUAGUUCAACUUGGUUUCUGUUCGUAGCAUUUUUCCCAGUCUGUUUGAUGGCUACCCUUUACGCCCGAGUCGUGUACGCUUUAUGGUUUAAAAGCGAGAAUUCUACUGAAAACAGUGUCAGACAACAGGUUUGGAAACAUGGUCAUAUUGUCCUGUUUUCAUCUGUUUAGAGCUUUAGAUUCUAAGCUUACUCGUGGUUGUCCUCGUCUUAAGACGAGGACAACCACGAGUUCUCGCCAGCUUUUCUCAGUACUAUUAAGUAGUGCGCGCGCUUGAACCAGGGUCAUUUUGGCGGGAAAAGGUGAUAGUCUUCAUCAUUGUACUACGGGUUUUAGCGAAAACUGAUGUAGUGACGGAAACAAGUUAUCAAAAUGCUAGAAGUUUUAAAAGUUUGCGAUCUGGAGAGGGAUUAACUUCCUCAAUAAACAUAGCCGUGAAACUAUUCUGGUGAAAAAAAUAAAUAAAUAACGCUCUCUGCGGUGCCUAGUUUUUAAGAUCACAUUUAAGUUAAAUCUCGUUCUCUUUGUCUCCCUCGUCCUUGAAUCUAAAGUUCUCUAACUUAACUGCAUCGCUACGAAAGGCUAGAGAUGUUACUGGAUCGAUCAAGGAUAAUUUUUUUAUGGAACUGACCAGUGCAUUUGCUCCAUUUUGCCACAGGCUCUAAUUCAAGCCUCCUGCCAUUCUAUUAAAUUAGCCUCUCUGUAUAAGGCGCCAAUAAUUAUCAGCCCGUAGCUUCUAAUAAGCUCCCAUCUACUAUAAAGAAAACGAGUACUGUAUGACGCUUACGUCUUACAAAUAACUUUUAGUUGACGAUUUCGAGACAAUGACAAUUCUGACAAUUUGUCUGUCUUUUGCAGGGUGUCAUGAAGAUAAGAAAGCGAGUGACCUUAAUGGUUUUAAUUGUCAGUGUGGUAUUUGCUGUUUGCUGGCUUACAGACGCCUCUAACUUUAUUCUGUCCGAUUUUUCUGUCGUACGCACUUCCCUUCCAGUGGCGCUAACCAACACAUUGAUUUUGUUCAAUUCCGCUAUCAAUCCGAUUGUGUAUGCUUUGGUCAACCAGCGAUUCAGAAGGAAGUUCAAAAGUAUGAUCUGCUGUUUUAGUCGUCGAGCAAGAAAUAUAGUAAAUCCAACAUUUCCAUUAACCAAUCCCACUCAGACGGCACUCUCACGUGACUGA